UGAAUCAGACGGUCGUUGACGAAGAUUACACCUUAUCGCGUAUUCCUUCUGUCUGGUGUCUAGGCUUCUUCAAUCGCACACCUCCAUGGUCGCACACCUCAAUCGCACCUCCAUGGUCACACACAUGUUCAUCACACAUCAAACAUCACACACAUAAUUCAACAGUUUAGUGCGUGCUGACUGACUGCAGGCUGACCGGCAACAAAGGUCUGACAUUGUUGAUGAUGGAGGAGUCGCCCAGUGUUCAAUCACAAUGUGGGAACUUGGAAGCCUUAGCAUUACUGGGAGAUGUUCUAAGUGUUCUUACAGAGCCUUCCAACAAAGUUAUUGAUGACACAUGUAUAGAGAAACUUCUAUCAUGGUUGGCCAAAGUUGCUUCCAAGUCAGUAACGUUAAAGAAACUCUUCAAUGAGAGGACAGAUGUCAUUGGAUUCCUACAGAAGAUAUCCACACACACAGAUCCAUCUACUGGUAACCAGUUAUGUGAUGCUCCGGGAUUGACCUUUGCCCUGAGACUGGCAGCCAUUUUGCUGAAUUCCUUACAUCUCCAACUUGGGACUGAAUCAGGAACAUCAAGUGACGAGGCUGGUGUCGAAGGUUGUGAUGUUAAGAUGGAAGGCCAUACAUGGAAACAUUAUGUUGAUGUAAUCAGUGAUUUAACAGAGCAGCUCCUUGUUGGGGCACAGCAACUAUCAUAUUGGGAACAAGGCUCCGUAAGAAUGGCUUACUUUGUUGCAGCAAAAGCAUUGAUUCACCAUAGAUGCCCAUCAAAUGUUUGCCAAGAAGCAGAUAUUCUAAGCACUGCGUUCACAGCCUUGGAAGACAACUCUAUGUUUGUUGUUACCGCAUCUCAGCAAUUCCUCGCUGCUUUAAUAGCAACCUCGCACACUUGUGUGAAAAGAGAAUCCACUGGGGACAGUUUAACCUCGUCAGUCUUAAUUCCUCCUAGGACUUCAAGAGAGGAUGCCUUCACAAACACAUCCUUGAAAGGAAUCGAUAAACUAUGCACUGAAGAAACCUCAGUAACUAAGAACAGUGCCCCGCUCGUGUCUGACUGCCAAGUGAAACGAUCUCUAUGUACUUCGGAUUCAUUCUCAGUAAAAAGAAGCAAAGGAAACCACAAAGAAGAAUCACCCAACCAGAGGAGAAACUGUGAUUGCAAAAUCUACCUGAAAACACUUCUACAAAAACUGACCGAAAUGCUGCAAAUGGUGAAAUCAAUGGUACUGAAUGCAGUUGAUCGUCGCAGACAUAGCAAACUGUGGAGUGUGUGUGUAGGAGUAGUCAGAUCACUGAUUGAAGCUUUCCCUGAGAAGGGGCAAUGGAUCUUGUCUGACAUGUCUAUUGUGUCUGAAAUAUCAGAACUAUUGAACUCCCAAUGUCACAUUCAGCCUAGCAUGUGCCACUCUGUUGUUGACUUUGUAUCUACGGCUGUGUAUACCGUUAUUCUGAAUAGUGACACUGACGUGGACAACUCUUCAUUAAGACUCAUGAUUAAUUUCCCAUGGCAACUACUGAAUAUUCAUGAGUUCAACGCGGCAAUACAGCUGGCGUCAGUGUUGCAUCGUGCCUUACUUCAUCCCAAAGUGAAUGGGAAUGUUAGGUUUGAGAGACUGCGAGGUGAGACAUGUACAUCUCUGAUGGACCUUGUGAUGCUACCUCUUCACUGUGUACUCAAUCAUAGCGUACCCUCAGACUCCAAGCUCAGCGCUGGUAGAGACGCCUUGCUCAAGGAAAUGUUCUCGAGUAAAUGUCAAUGUGUGACGAUAUUGACUCAUUCAUUAUGUGCUUUGGACAACAUGCUGGUACAGUGUCAGGGUCAAGUUAUGAGUAAACCAAGCAGCUUUAUUGAUGAUGGGAUCUCCAUUCUGAGCGUGACCCUAGGUCAAGAAUCACAGCAGGUUACCAUCGACUCACUCAAAGGUCAUCUACGUGGAUCUCUAAAGGUCACUAAGGUCAUCUUAGCUGUCCUGAUGAAUACAAUGGAUUCUCAAAAUGAAAGUGAGUUGAAGUUGACUGAAGUUUCGUUGAUGAGGUUGAUUCUUGAGUUGACGACCAUCUUGAAUAAUCCAGACUCUGACUGUACUGUUAUCUGCAAGUGCCUAGACAGUCUUGCUUCCCUGCUUUCAAUCCACGCAUUGAUAUUGAAAGAUAAGACAGAUUGUAUGACGCUGAUUGGUGAUUUGAUGAUCAAGAAGUCGUGGGAUCCACAAUGGGAAGUCCGAGAUUCAGUCAUUGGCUUCCUCAAAACAGUGUUGAAGACUCAUGCAGAUUCGCUGUCAGCUUGGUUAAAGUUGCAUCAUUUACAUCUACGUAUGUAUGAGUGUAUUCACGAUGGAGACAGUUUUGUCCGAGCCUCAGCGUUGGCAGUCAUGGUAGAUGUAUCCAAGAAGAAAGAGUUGUGGCAAGAUUUACUCACACAGACUGGAAAGUCAGAGUUUGCAUUAGUUGGAGGCUUGGUAACUAUCCUACUUGAAGAUAGCCAGGGAUUUGCUCGGCGUGCCACUAUCUGUACCUUGACUGCGUGGCUGGAGGUGUUUCCCUGGCUUCAAACUGGUCUCAAUCUGGACAUCAAGUCUAGCUGUGAUGCUAAUGGUCUAGAACAGACAUCAGCAGCAGCAUCACGGAUACGUCAAGGUGUUUCGUCAGCCAUGUUGGAUCUGGACUGGGAAGUCAAACUCGGAGCUCUACAUUUCUGGGAAACUUUAAUCAAUCUGUACAUUUCUAGAUCCUUAGAUGCACGUCAGAACAAAACAGAUGAUGAGAAAGGUGAUGUGAUCAGUGAAUCCUGUACGCCAUUUAUUAAGUUAAGACAAUUACUGAUGCAAGAAAAGUUGAUAAUGAAACUAGGUAAAGUAUUAGAGGAUGAGGAUAGAACUGUGGCAUUAAAAGCAUGUCAGAUGCUACUCAGUCUCCAAGACAUUAUUCAGUCGCAUCCAUUGAUAAAAAAUAACACUUCGUCUGAGGAGUCUUGUUUGGAAGAGUUCAGAAGAGAUAGUUUGAAGGAACUUGAGAAGUUGUCCUUGGAUGAACUACUGGAAGUAAAGAUGAAGGUGGUGGAUGGAUAUGAAGAGCAUCCUGUGUCGUUACUUGAAGACAUUGUUGCUGUUACACAACAAAAAGAUGCUAAUAUAUUAUUGGACUGUUACUAGAGGGUGAUUGUCUCUCCUCCUUACGACUGCUGUUAGGCUUCAUGUAUGUCAUAGUUGGUAGUAAUCUAUCAACUAAGCUAGAAUUCUUCAAUUUUAUCACCUUGAAUUUAUCAGGAGCCCGAUUGUUACAGCGAUUUAAAGGCAGUGGACACUACUGGUAAUUACUCAAAAUAAUUAUUAGCACAAAACCUUACUUG